AUCCUGGGAGGAAGCAAAGCUUGUAAUUGGCUCCUCAUUGCAAAGAAAACAAGUUUUAUUACGACUAAACAUUAACUUGCUCUGGCCCCUUCACCGAGCUGCUGUUAUAAGUGAAGUGAGAGUGAAGUGAGAUGAAGUUCAGGAGCUGAGAGGCAACGAGAACAACAGAGUUCGGAUCUUGAUACAACUUUUGUCAGUUAAAGGGAAACUGAGAUCCAGGACGGUGAGAUGGCUCAGAGAGAAUUUCAGCUGGAGCAGGAAACGUUCUGCUGUUCGAUCUGUCUGGAUCCACUGAAGGAUCCGGUGACUACUGGCUGUGGACACAGCUACUGUAAGAGCUGUAUUAACAACCACUGGGACAAUGGGGAGGAGAGAGGAAGCUACAGCUGUCCUCAGUGUAGAGAGACCUUCACACCGAGGCCUGUCCUGGUGAAAAACACCAUGUUAGCUGAUUUAGUGGAGGAGCUGAAGAAGACUGGACUCCAAGCUGCUCCUGCUGAUCACUGCUAUGCUGGACCUGAAGAUGUGGCCUGUGAUGUCUGCACUGGGAGAAAACUGAAAGCUCUCAAGUCCUGUUUGGUUUGUUUGGUCUCUUAUUGUGAAAAACACCUCCAGCCUCAUCUUCAGUCAGCUCCAUUGAAGAAGCACAAGCUGGUGGAGCCCUCGGAGAAGCUCCAGGAGAACAUCUGCUCUGGUCACGACGAGGUGAUGAAGAUGUUCUGCCGCACUGAUCAGCAGUGUAUCUGUUAUCUCUGCUCUGUGGAGGAACAUAAAGACCACGACACAGUGUCAGCUGCAGCAGAAAGGACUGAGAGGCAGAGAGAGCUCGGGCUGAGGAGACAAACAAUCCAGCAGAGAGUCCAGGACGAAGAGAAAGACGUGAAGCUGCUUCAACAGGAGGAGGAGGCCUUCAAUGGCUCUGCUGAUAAAGCAGUGGAGGACAGUGAGGAGAUCUUCACUGAGAUGAUCCGUCUGCUGGAGAAAAGAAGCUCUGAUGUGAAGCAGCAGAUCAGAUCCCAGCAGCAAACUGAAGUGAGUCGAGUCAGAGAGCUUCAGGAGAGACUGGAGCAGGAGAUCACUGAGCUGAAGAGGAAAGACCAGGAACUGAAGCAGCUCUCAGACACAGAGGAUCACAACCAGUUUCUACACAACUACCUCUCACUGUCACCACUCAGUGGAUCUACACACUCAUCCAGCAUCAGGAUCCGUCCUCUGAGGAACUUUGAGGACGUGACAGCAGCUGUGUCCCAGGUCAGAGGUCUACUACAGGACAUUCUGAGUGAGACAGAGACAGAGAUUUUACAGAUUGUGUCUCAAGUGGAUGUUUUACUGCCACAACCAGAGACCAGAGCUGACGUCUUAAGAUAUUCACAGGAAAUCACACUGGAUCCAAACACAGCAAACAAAUAUCUGUUAUUAUCUGAGGGAAACAGAAAAGUAACAUGUAAGAGAAAAAAAAAGUCUUAUUCUAAUCACCCAGACAGAUUUACUUAUUGGCCUCAGGUCCUGAGUAGAGAGAGUCUGACUGGACGUUGUUACUGGGAGGUGGAGGUGGAGCGUGGGGUGUAUGGAGGAGUUGGUAUAGCAGUCACAUACAAGAACAUCAGCAGAGCAGGAGACUCACCUGAAUGUGAAUUUGGAUUCAAUGAUAAAUCUUGGUCAUUAUACUGUUAUAGAAACAGUUAUAACUUUCAUUACAACAACAUCAACAUUCCAGUGUCAGGUCCUGUGUCCUCCAGAGUAGGAGUGUACCUGGAUCACAGUGCAGGUGUUCUGUCCUUCUACAGCGUCUCUGACACCAUGACUCUCCUCCACAGAGUCCAGACCACAUUCACUCAGCCUCUCUAUGCUGGAGUUUGGGUUUAUUAUGAUGGAUCCACAGCUGAGUUCUGUAAACUCAAAUAGACUUGAGUCAUUAAAAGCAGUGAUUCAGAUUUUGUGUGUAAAUCUUUAACUUCUUUUGUCUCCAUGUUUGUUGAUCAAAGUUCUUCGUGGUGACGUUUCUGCUCCGCACAGAGAUCAGCUGUCAAUCAUUCCUGACAGGCGGCACUAUGACGUCCUCUCAUUGGUCGUUGUGUUGAUGUUUCAGUUUGUUGAGCUGGACCCAUGUUGCAUCUCACUGCUCGUUGCUUUAAGCUGCAGAAGCUUGGGUGAAGCUUUCACAUUUCUCCUUGCAGAACAAGUGCAAUCUGAAAACUGAUGCACCACCACAAGAGGGCACCUUUGUUUUGUGGACCACACCCUGGGGUAUGUGUUGUGCACACAACUUUCAUGUGUCAGGCUGGACUCUGUCACAGCCUGGCUCUAUGAAACAUUCUAACAUGUCUCUUUACCUUCAGCCGCGCUGCAGAGGUUAUCCAAAUGAAGCUCUUCUUGGGUUUUUCAGAAUGAUGUGAAUAACCCAAAAGGUGAAAUAUGUAACUGCACUUUUAAAAAAGAAAAUCCCCGACAUGAGCAUCUGUUUUCAUUGUUUGCUUCUUUAAAGUGGCUUUAAGUCUUUAUUUGUGUUUUCAGUUGAAGAAUUGUUAAUGUGCUUAUUUGGUUUCUGUGUUGAAAAAGCAGUAAGUGUAUAGUCGGGGGACUUUGUUUUUAGGGCUGCAACUUAUUCAGUGAUUGAUCAGUUCAAUCAUCAAUCAAUCAAUCAAUCAAUCAAUCAAUCAACCAAUCAAUCAAUCAAUCAAUCAAUCAAUCAAUCAAUCAAUCAGCUCCAUAGUACAAGACAGGGUUCCAUAAUGCUCAUGACUGUUUAGUUUAGAUAUUUUUGGAAGAAGAAGGCCCCUCACCUUUGAGACGGUGGUACCAGAGGACGUUUGACAUUUUCUUGUGUAAUUUAAUGUUCAGAUUUUCUGAUGUGAAAUUAUGUUUUAUAUAAUCUACUUGCAUCAUGUCAAUUAUGAUUGUAUUAACUUGUUAACUGUGUGCAUCAGUGGUAAUAAACAAAAAUUCAAUAUG